UCAACGCCAUGGCUGACGCCCGAAGGGCCAUCUGUUAGGUGCUGCACCAUCAGACCGAUCAUGGAAGACGUCACAUCGCCACGCGCUUAGCAUCUUACAACAGCUAAAUGAUAAUUUUCUAGCGUAUAGGCACAAUACCAUCAUCGCAACAUGUUGAACAGCGACCGCGCGACGACCAUGUAUGCCAAGCAACCGUUAAGUGAGGGACAAUGGUGGAGAACGUGUGCGAUGAAUCACUCAUUGUUUCGAGCGAUUGCCGGCCUACAGACGUCAGAGGCGUGUGGUAAUAACAUUUCGGAUGGCACAGAUGCCAAAACACGUUUCAAACGGCUUGGAUCAACCAUCAUGAUCUAUUUUUCGCUCGACAACGUGAUAGAGUUGAUGGUUCCUGCAUGGCAAAGGAGUCCGUGCUACUUACCACCCAUGACGAAACGUCCCAAUCGCGCAUCAUGUCCGCCCGAAGCGAAGCCGGCGCCGCGGGUCGACAGCUUGAAAUCUGCCAGCCCCAGGGGCCCGCGGCACCAAGCUUCCUUUUCCCAGGCUGACCGGCACCUGCAGGCAAGUGUCGAGAGCGCUAGCCGUAACGCGAGUCAACAUUAGCACCAUGCCUUACGGGGGUUGCUGGCUGGCUGUCGAUCAUCUUCGUCCUUCAUAAGAUGAUUCUGCCCGCACGCCUUGAUGAGCUUUCUUGGUACCUUCUGUUCGAAGUUCUAAUUCUACCUUACCUUCAUCUUGACCAUUCCUUCUUUUCGGUCCAAGAUU